CUGAGCGUUUUUUUCCCCCGAUGUAAAACCUGUCUGUUCUCAGAGUAGAGCAGAAGGAGAAGCCAGUUGUGAGGAAACUGCUAGCAUGUAAUGUAGCAUCUGUCUUGUCUUGCUUUUGCAAUAUGAAGAAUGGAAGAAGACGACGUUUCUAUCAGAGAGCAGAACUUCCACAGCCAAGUUCGAGAAUACAUUAUCUGCUUCCUCCUGUUUGCAGUCCUCUACAUCGUGUCCUACUGCAUCAUCACCAGAUACAAGAGGAAGAGUGAUGACCACGAAGAUGAAGAUGCCGUCGUCAACAGAAUAUCAUUGUACCUGUGCACCUUCACCCUGGCAGUGUCGGGUGGAGCCGUGUUCCUGCUGCCUUUCUCCAUCAUCAGUAACGAGAUCCUGCUCUCUUUCCCCAAAAACUAUUACAUCCAGUGGCUCAACGGCUCGCUCAUCCACGGUCUGUGGAACCUGGUGUCUCUGUUCUCCAACCUCUGCCUCUUCGUCCUGAUGCCCUUCGCCUAUUUCUUCCUGGAGUCGGAGGGAUUUGCGGGGUCUAAAAAGGUACGUUGAUGCUAAUGUUUGUGGUAG